AUGCCUCUGGGAGGUAAUUUUCAAAAUGUCAAUGCGCCCUUGAAUUUUUGCUACAAACUGCCCAUCCACUUAUUUUUCUUGUUCUUAAAAUCAUUGCUUAUACAAUGGACGACUUUCUCACAUGGCGGUAAACCGGCGCGCGCAGUUCACUCAAGGCACUACUUGGUGAGUUUGGAGAUGGAGAUCCAGGCAAUCCACCAAAACUUGCACUGGGAACCUAAUAACAUACAGAAUGCUAAUUACACUUCUGACGAAGAUGAUUUCGAAAGCGGAAAUAGUACCGCGAAACUGUAUGAACGGUCACGUAUUAAGGCUCUUGCAGAUGAGCGUGAGGUCGUUCAGAAAAAAACUUUCACAAAAUGGGUGAAUUCCCACCUCUCAGUUGUUUCUUGUAAUAUUGAAGAUCUGUAUUUGGAUCUAAGAGAUGGAAAAAUGCUCUUAAAACUUCUUGAGAUUCUUUCCGGUGAACGUCUACCCCGGCCAACAAGAGGCAAGAUGCGGAUUCACUGUUUAGAAAAUGUGGAUAAGUCGUUAAAUUUCCUUUGUGACCAGCACGUUCAUCUGGAAAAUGUGGGUGCUCACGAUAUUGUUGACGGGAAUGCAAGAUUGACACUAGGACUUAUCUGGACCAUUAUUCUUCGCUUCCAAAUACAGGAUAUAAUUGUUGAAGAGUACCAAACAAGUGAAACUCGUUGUGCUAAAGAUGCAUUGUUACUGUGGUGCCAGAUGAAAACUGCAGGUUAUCCCAAUGUCAAUGUUCGAAACUUUACUACAAGUUGGCGUGACGGUUUAGCUUUCAAUGCCUUAAUUCAUAAACAUCGACCUGAUCUAAUAGAAUAUUCCAAACUAUCUAAAUCCGAACCCAUAAAAAAUCUAACUACUGCCUUCAGUAUCGCUGAAGAAAAAUUGAAUCUCCACCCUCUACUCGAACCUUCUGAUGUAGCUGUUGAGCAGCCUGAUGAAAAGUCUAUUAUUACUUAUGUUGUAACAUAUUAUCACUAUUUCAAUAAAAUGAAGGCCGAUACUGUACAUUCAAAGAGAAUCGGUAAGGUUGUCAACCAAGCUAUCGAAACCGAUGAUAUGAUAAAUCAAUAUGAACAAUUAACUUCAGACCUCCUUGACUGGAUUAAAAAAACCAUAAAGCUUCUGGAUGAUCGUACGUUCGCUAAUUCUCUCUCUGGUGUACAACAUCAGUUAGCUGGUUUUAACACGUACAGAACUGUUGAAAAGCCUCCCAAGUUCAGGGAAAAAGGAGGUCUUGAAGUUUUACUUUUUACUAUUCGGAGUAAAAUGCGUGCUAAUAAUCAAAGGCAAUAUAAUCCACCUGAAGGGAAAAUGAUAGCUGAUAUAAAUCGUGCUUGGGAAAUGCUUGAAAGAGCUGAACAUGCGCGAGAAUUGGCUGUACGAGAUGAACUCAUUCGACAGGAGAAGUUAGAACAAUUGGCUUCUCGUUUUGAUCGUAAAGCUGGAAUGAGAGAAACAUGGCUUACUGAUAAUCAGCGACUCGUUUUACAAGAGUUCUUUGGUGAUAACCUUGCAGCUGUCGAAGCUGCAACGAAGAAACAUGAGGCCAUCGAGACGGAUAUAUAUGCCUACGAAGAACGCGUAAAUGCAAUGGUUAAUGUUGCUGAAGAGCUUAAACGAGAAAAUUAUCAUGCUCAUGAGAACAUCCAAUUGCGUAGAGAUAAAGUACUUGGUAUGUGGCGUAACCUACUUGAUUCAUUGAGCCUUAGACGCCAACAUCUGGAACUAAGUUUACAACUGCAGCAUAUCUUCCAAGAAAUGACCUAUCUAAUGGAUUGGAUUGAUGAGAUAAAGAGCCGUCUUAGAUCUCAGGAUUACGGCAAGCAUUUAAUGGGGGUUGAAGAUCUCCUGCAAAAGCAUAGUUUGUUAGAAGCUGAUAUGCGUGUUCUUGGUGGUAGAAUAAACCAGGUUGUUGACCAAGCUGCUCCAUUCAUUGUUGGCUCAUUUACGCCGGAUGUUGGUGCAUACAGACCUAUUGAACCGGAAAUUGUCCAGGAGCGCACUGAAAAGUUGCGUGCAGCGUAUGAAGACUUACAUGACUUAGCAGAGGCUCGUCUUCGUGGUCUUCGUGAUUCAAGAGAAAUGUGGCAAUUCUUCUGGGAUAUGGAAGAUGAGAAAGAGUGGAUAAAAGAAAAAAGUCAGCUUAUGUCAAGUCCAGACUUGGGACAUGAUCUAAGUUCAGUAAGCCGUCUUUUGCGUAAACACAAAGCCCUGGAAGAAGAGUGUCAAAUGCACCGAGCCGUCCUAGAAGAUGCACUAAAACACGGUGAACAACUUAUGGCAGAUGGAAAUCAAGGUGCUGAACAGAUAUCUCAGCGUAUCGUUGAAAUGAAUCAGUUGUGGGGUCAGUUAGUUGACUUGAUAACAGAACGUAAACAACGCCUAAUAGAAUCACAAGAUUUCUUCCAAUUAAUGGCAGAUUGUGAUGAUGCAGAUGUCUGGUUAACUGAUCAGCAGCGUAUUGUUAGCAAUGAAGAUGUUGGCCUUAAACAAGCUACAACAGAAUCCUUGCUUAAAAACAACCAAGAGGUUAUGGAAAAUCUGCUAAAGUAUCAGGAAACUAUAUCUCAAUUAAAUCAAGAUGCAUCACGAGUAUCUGACUAUCCAGACAGUGAUGCCGCAGCUAUAGCACAUCGUUUAGAUGCUGUCGAUCAACAUUAUGCUCUUGUCAAAGAGUUGUGCAAACUACGACAAAAACGUCUGAAUGAUGCUCUUUCAAUGUAUAAAUUGUUUGAUGAUUCAGAUACUGUACGAACGUGGAUAACUGAAAAAGAAAAACUCCUAACUACAUUAGUUCCAAGCGAUGAAAUUGAAGAAUUAGAGGUCAUUCGACAUAGGUUCGAAUGUUUCGAAAAAGAGAUGGCUGGUAAUGCUGAGAAAGUUGGCAGCGUAAAUCUACUUUCUGAAAGGAUGCUUGAUAAAGAUCACCCAGAUGCUGAGAAAAUCUUGAGACAUCAAGAUGAACUCAAUGCCUCAUGGAAUGAAUUAGCUGAUCUUGUUGAUAAGCAGAAGAAACAAUUAGACUUAUCCUAUCAGUAUAACCAGUUUCUCAUUGAAAGUGCAGAAACAGCCAACUGGAUAAAAGAUAAGGCUAAAUUAAUCGAAUCAACUGAUGAAUUAGAUAAUAAUCUGGAGGGUAUAAUGCAACUUCAGCGUCGACUUGGCGGAUUACAACGGGAUUUGAACGCUAUUGAAGCUAAGGUUAAACACUUGGAUGAACAGGCGCAAGAACUUGCUGAAGCUAAACCGGAAACUCAAGCCGUUGUUGUAGCUGAAAAAGAGAAGAUUCAUGAUUUAUGGAAUGAGUUAAAGGAGAUUGUAAAGGAGAGAGAUGAUCGGCUCAAUGACUCGAGUGAGUUGCAACGUUUCUUGCAAGACUUGGAUCAUUUCCAAAUAUGGCUUAGGCGCACUCAAGUAGCCGUAGCUUCUGAAGAUAUUCCAAACAACUUAGAGGAGGCCGAAACUCUUUUGGAUCAGCAUGAACAAUUGAAAGCAGAAAUCGAUGGAUACGAAAGUGACUUCCAUCGACUUAUGGAUUUCGGUCGACGAGUGACUGAGGUCCAAACAGAUGCACAGUACAUGUUUUUGGCCCAGCGGUUAGAUGGUAUUGAAGAAAAUUGGGAAGCUUUACGCCGAAUGUAUGAUAAUCGUACUGGAGCACUACAAGAUGGUGUUGAGGCUCAGACAUUCUUCAGAGAUGCACUGCAAGUUGAGGUCCUUUUAACAAAAAUGGAGAAAGUCGUAUCUAAGGAAGAAGCUCCUACCUCCCUUGAGAUGGCACAAGAAAAUCUUCGUAAUUUUGAAACUUUCCGAGCCUCCUUGGUACCAACGGAUGAGAAGAUUGACAACGUGCUAAACGAUGGUGCAAGGUUAGUCGCACGCGGAACUUUCCCUGCUGAAAAGAUUCAAAACAAAUGCGAACAAAUUAAACAACGACGAGAUUGUCUCAAGACGCGGGCAGAAGAACAUGGUCAAAAGCUUAAGGAGCAACUGCAUCUUCAAGAAUUUUGUCAGGACGUAGAUGAUGCAGAAGAAUGGCUUGCUGAGAAAGCUAUGGUUAUAACAGAACAACCAACACCGCUUGCUCGAAAUAUUGCUGCUUUGUAUGGACGAUUUAAGGCAUUUGAAGGUGAACUGGAAGCAAACAAGGAUAAAAUUGCCAAAGUUAUCGAGGAAGGAGAAGAGCUCAUUGCUACACAUCCUGUUCUUCAAGUGCAAGUUGAACCAAAAAUAUGUGCCUUACGCAGGCAAUGGGAAGAUCUCAAUACCACUACAGCCGACAAAAGUGCAAAAAUGGCUGACGCUAACAGAGAAACCUUAUUCGACGAAACUGCCAAGUCAAUGCUUACCUGGAUCACUGAAGUCAGCUCUCAAAUUGUUACUACUACAGAGGAAGUUACUGAAGAAAUUGGUCUUGUUGAAAUUAAUGAACACCUCAAAGAUCAGGAACGAAAAGACCAAGAAUUGGCUGCUAAACGCCGAAUGCUUCAGGAUAUGGCGACACAUGCGGAAAAACUCAAAGAGCAAUAUCCUGAACGUCGUGAAGAAUUCGAACAAGUUCAUCAGGAAGUUCGUAUUCGACUCACUGAAUUGGAGGCUCCUUUGGCCGAUCGCCGAGAUCGCCUUGUUAAGCAAAAGAGAGUUCGACAGUUCUUAAGAGAUAUUGAAGAUGAGAAAGAUUGGAUCAAAGAGAAGUUGGCACUUAUUGAAGACUCUAGCAAGCUUGGAAGUUCUCUGCUUGCUACACAACAGCUUAUAAGACGUCAUCGUAUGUUGUCUAAUGAAGUGGAUAAUCAUCGUCCACGUAUUGAUGCAGUUUGUCACGAAGGGGAACAGAUGAUAAUUGAAGGUCAUCCGCGAAGUGAUCGUUUCCGUGAGGCAAUAGAUGAACUUUGGGUUUUAUGGGAGCAGUUACAACGUGUGGUAGUUGAGAGACAACAGCAACUGGCACAAAACGAGGUUGCACAGCAGUACCUAUUUGAUGCCAGCGAAGCAGAGGCAUGGAUGGGAGAACAAGAACUUUACUUAAUGGGUGAUGAGCGUGCUAAGGAUGAACAAGGUGCAAACAACGCAAUCAAGAAGCAUGAACAACUUCAGAAAACUGUCGAAAAUUAUGCCACUGAAAUCCGUGGACUGGGUGAACGAAGCCAGGCCUUAUUGGAAGCCAACCACCCAGAGUCUGAGGCUGUUGUCGCUAAGCAGGCACGUAUUGACAAGAUGUAUGCUGGCUUACGUGACCUGUGUGGUGAACGCCGAUCGAGAUUAAAUGAAAUUCUGAAGUUAUACCACCUUUUACGAGAUAUUUUAGACCUUGAGGCUUGGAUUGCAGAACGUAUCUUAAUAGCUAGCAGCCACGAAGUUGGUGCAGAUUAUGAGCAUUGUUGUUUGCUUAGAGAACGCUUCACUGAAUUCUCUCGUGAGACGAAUGAACUUGGUAAAUAUCGUAUCAGUGGAGCCAACGAAUUGUGCAAUGCCCUUAUUGGUCAAGGACACAGUGAGGCUGCAGAAAUUGCCAGCUGGAAAGAUCGUGUUAACGAGGCUUGGGCUGACCUUCUGGAGCUCAUAGACACGCGCAUUCAACUUUUGAAGACCGCAUGGGAUCUGCAUAAAUUUUUAGCUGACUGUCAGGAUGUUUUGGAUCGUAUCGUUGACAAAGUGAGCAGUAUUCCAGAAGAAGUUGGACGUGAUGCCAAAGCAGUUGCUGCACUUCAACGCAAACACAAUACAUUCGAAUGUGAAUUGGCACGUCUAGGCACACGGGUGGAAGGGAUUGUCGAGUCGGCUAAUGGCUUACUCCCGUCUUAUGCUGCAGAUAAAGAGCGUCUUAUAUGUGACCGUCGAGAUGAGGUUAUACAUGCCUGGCGACAGUUACAGUGUGCUACAGAACAACGUAAAGCACACUUGCAUGAUGCCUCUGAUGUGCAUCGUUUCUUCUCUAUGGUGCGUGAACUUCGCUUGUGGAUGGAUACUAUACGUACUGAAAUGACUACUAAAGAAAAACCAAGGGAUGUGUCUGGAGUUGAGUUGUUAAUGAAUAGUCAUCGUAGCCUAAUGGCUGAGAUAGAUGCUCGAGAGGAGAACUUCAGUAUUUGCCUAAGUUUAGGCCGCACACUUUUAAAUCGUCGGCAUCCUCGAGAGGAAGAAGUUCGAGAGAAAUGCAUACAGUUGGUGACUGAAAAAAUUCUGCUCAAUGACCAGUGGGCAGAACGAUGGGAAACGCUGGGUCUUUUGAUGGAGGUAUAUCAGUUUGCUCGGGACGCCGAAAUAGCUGAUACUUGGCUUAUGUCUCAGGAAGCUUAUCUCAGUAAUACUGAUUUGGGUGAAACGUUGGAUGAAACCUUGGCACUGUUGAAAAAGCAUUUCGCAUUUGAACGUGCAGCCGCCACUCAGGAGGAGCGUUUCCGAGACCUUGAAAAACUCACAACCCUUGAACUAAAGGCGCGCGAAAGAACUCCGGAAACAGAAGCAGCUAAACGUCUCGAGAAAGAAAGAAAGAUAGCUGAGGCUGUUAAAGAAUUCCAACCUCCACCUCCUCCCGUAUCUCUGCCUGUAUAUACACCUGUUUCAGAAGCGGAUAAACGUGCAGUAGAUACCAGGGAUGCUGAACAAGUUAGUCGUCCUGCCUCUGUAACUACUCCACGACAAGGGCGGGGAAGUUCUGAUAUUGGUAGACCUGCUCCACAUGAUUUUGAGGGUAUUUUGAUUCGUAAACACGAAUGGGAAACGGGCACAAAGAAAGCUUCUUCUCGUUCAUGGCAUGAGUUAUAUUUCGUUCUCUCGGCAACCGCAUUCACACUUUCGGCUUAUAAAGAGCAAAAACAUGCUAAGGAAAGACCUGGAGAUCUAUAUCGUCACGAAACCCCCGUUAAUUUAUUAGGAGCUUCCGCUGCACCAGCUUAUAACUAUGCUAAGCGCCGCUUUGUUUUCCGUCUUAAACUUUCUAAUGGAGGUGAGUCUCUAUUCCAAGCACAUUCAGAAGAAGAAAUGCAUAAUUGGGUGCAAGCUAUCAAUACAGUGGCAUCUAGUGCUGGUGGGCAACCUUCUUCUUCUUCAUCGGCUGGAGGAAAAGCAGCUACUCUCCCUUCUGGAGUUGCUCCUGAAUCCCAAGGUGUCGUAAAAAAUAAUCUUCCAUGUUUCUGA